AUGCCGUCACGAACAAUUUCAGUCGACGAGAAAACACUCGAGAUGGAUGAAAAUCUAUCUAUACUCAAUCCUUUCCCCACUCGGCUGGAAGGUCCUGAACUGCUCCACGAGCUUAUAUCGGGUCCUGAGACUCCUGGAACUGCUCUGGAAUACCUAGACGCGGACGGCAAAUCAAGCACACUGUCCUAUUCGGAAUUGCAUAGGAGAUCGGAACAUCUAGCAUGGCGUUUGGUUGAAGUCAGCCGUCGGAUCUCACGGAAGAACCUUGGAAUCGUGCCCAUCUAUAUUCCACAAUGCACUUCUCUGUACAUAUCGCAAUUAGCGAUCCUCAAGUCAGGAGCAGCGUUUUGUCCCUUGAACCUCGAUGUGCCGGAAGAGCGGCUCAAGUUCAUCCUUAAGGAUACUUCAGCGGGUAUCCUCCUGACGACUAGUGCUAUGCGACAGAAAAUCCCAGAGUUGGAAGGCAUUACUGUUAUCGUAGUGGAUGAUGAGCAGUCGGAGUCCGAGUCCGAGAGAGAAUUCUUUGACGAAAAGAUGAUAUGUCCGAACUCAUCCUCUCUUGCAUAUAUCAUGUAUACCUCGGGCAGCACUGGACUACCAAAGGCGGUCUGUCUGUCACAUCGAGCAGUGACACAGUCGCUCCUGGCACAUGAUCGGUUUAUCCCAAGUUUUUCGAGAUUUCUACAAUUCGCAAGCCCGACGUUUGAUGUCAGUGUCUUCGAAAUCUUCUUCCCUUGGUAUCGUGGAGCCACACUGGUUUCUGUCCAGCGCAACCGUCUGCUUGGCGAUCUUCCCGGAACCAUCACUUCGCUCAACAUAGAUGCCGCCGAGCUCACGCCCUCCGUCGCUGCGAGUCUGGUACGCACAAGGGAAAACGUUCCUACUCUGCGUGCACUCCUUACGAUCGGCGAGAUGCUCAACACUCAAGUCAUCCAGCAGUUUGGAGGCUCGGCCGAUAAGCCGGGUAUUCUGUAUGGCAUGUAUGGUCCUACGGAAGCUGCCAUCCACUGUACCUUACAACCAGACUUUGAUGUUGAUCUACCAGCUGGUACUAUCGGCAUUCCUCUGGACACAGUUUCUUGUUUUAUCGUCAAACCAGCCGAGUCUGCUGAGCAUGCUAGCGAGAUCGGAAUCUUGCCCAUUGGUGAAAUAGGCGAGCUCGUUGUUGGUGGGCACCAACUAGCAGAUGGCUACCUCAACAGAAAAGAGCAAACUCAGGCGGCUUUUGUGACUCAUCCUAAAUUUGGCAGUCUCUACCGCACAGGCGAUAAGGCCCGUCUUCAUCGUGACGGGACUCUGGAGUGUUAUGGACGUAUCUCGAGUGGCCAGGUCAAGCUUAGGGGCCAACGUGUUGAACUAGGAGAAAUUGAGCAUGCUGCAUCAAAGGCUGACGGAUGCCAUGCGGUGGUUGCAAGCGUCAUCUCUGGUCUCUUGGUCCUUUUCUGCAUUGGUGACUCGAACGAAAUCUCUUCUAAAGACAUCAAAUCCGCUUGUCAGGAGUGGCUCCCUGCUUACAUGAUACCAAGCGACAUUGUCCUGCUUGAUGACUUCCCUUACCUUCCAUCAGGCAAAGUCGACAAGAAGAAGUUGGAGACUGAUUAUAAUUUGAAUACCACGCAAAACGAAUCGGGGUCUUCUGAUGUUUCCGAGAAUGCUCGUGGACUUGCCCGAAUAAUCCAGAGCGUACUGGGCAUUUCGAUAGAUCACAGCACUGACCUCAGCGCUGCUGGACUAGACUCAUUGAGAGCCAUCCAAGUCGCUUCCGAGCUUCGCAGACAGGGUUGUGCUGAUGUUGGAGCACUCGAGCUGCUUUCAGCGACUAAUAUCCUCGCUCUUGACGAACUCAUUCGAAUCAAGGCCAACAAAAGCGACGAUUACUACAACGAUACCAAAGGAUGGAAAGAGAUCAUUUACGAACUCAGAUCAAGCGUUGAAAAAGAUCUUGAGUCGAAAGCUGUUGUGGGUGACAUAGAGGAUGUCCUGCCAUGUACACCACUCCAGGAUGCUAUGCUGGUGGAAACAGCAAGACAACCCCAAGCAUACUACAAUGAGCUUCGCCUCACAGUGUCUCCUAACAUCUCCUUCGAAAGGGUGCGUCAAGCCUUGCUCGCUUUAGCCGAGAGGCAUACUGCCUUGCGUUCAGGCUUUAGCACAUCUGGGCUAUAUCAAUGCGCCUACGCCCAGGUCGUGUGGAAGACACUGGCCGAUUCUCAAUUCGCGCAUGUUGAGUCGUUUACGGCCGGUUGGUCGGUCACAAGCCAAGAUGCGCUUCUGCGACCGCUUAAUUUCCAAUACAAGGGCUCAGGAGCAGGGGCAGAACUUCUAGUGAAUAUACACCAUGCUUUGUACGACCAAUGGUCUGUGGAAAUCAUUCUUGAAGAUCUAGAGACCCUGCUGCAAAACGAGGAAAUACCGGAAAGGCCGUCGUUUGUAGCGGUGAACAAGUUUUUCAGCCUCAGGAGAAGUGAAGACCAGACUUCACACCUCGACUUCUGGGAAGAAUAUCUCUCUGGCGCCAAUCCCGGUCGCUUACCGAACUUGUCGCCGAGAAUGAUGACUCCACAAUCUCUUCGAAGCAUACAGCACACCAUCGAUAUGGAUAUGGACACAUUGCGCCAAGCAGCCCACUCAUAUUCCUGUAGCACUCAUGUAUUCUUCCAAGCUGCAUAUGCCAUUCUCCUUGGUUCCUACAUGGGUACAGAAGACGUUGUUUUUGGUACAGUCUUCUCUGGCAGAACACUGCCAAUCGCGGAUAUCGAAAGUAUGGUCGGACCUCUCUUGUCCACUCUGCCUACACGUAUCGACACCAUGGAGAGCAGGAGAUUCAGUGACGUGCUACGUCGCCUCCAAGAAGAUAAUCGAGAGAUUAUGCAACACAGCAUGACAUCUCUAGCAGAUGUCAAGAAGGCCCGUGGGGCAACUCCAGGCGAAGCUCUUUUCGAUAGUAUAUUUGUAUGGCAAGAGACUGCCCGACCAAAUGUACGAGCUUCAACGCUACUGAACAUGGUAGAAGCUCGUGAUUAUCUGGAAUUCACUCUGACUCUUGAACUUGAGCCCAUCCAGCAGGGUGUCAAAAUCAAGGCGACAUAUCAACCCAGUGUUAUGCCGUCGCAACAUAUCGAGAUUCUAUUACAGCAGCUAGACGCCUUGGUCAAGAUUGCAGUGGCACGACCAGAAACUCUCAUGGGUGAGCUCAAUAGUCAGCUCCCCACCUCUGUCCUGUCAAUAGCCAAUGCAGAGCCUCGAUCCUUUGUGUAUAAGAAUGGACUUGGUUCCGUUGUUGAGAGUCAUGCUCUAAACAGCUCCAGUGACCUAGCUUUGGUCUUCGCUCAUGACAUUCAGGAAGGAAGUUCGAGGGUGGAGAGUCUGACAUACGGCGAACUCAACACUCGAGCGAAUCAGCUAGCCAACUAUCUCAUCUCGCAAGGCGUCAAGCGCGACGAACUUAUCUGUGUCUGCAUGGACAAAUCUGUCGCUCUCUACGUUUCAAUCCUUGCUGCUGUCAAAGCAGGUUGUGGCUACUUGCCUUUGGUACCGGAGACACCUGCCGCUCGGAUCCGUCAGAUUCUGGCCGAAGCGGACGUGAAGUUCUGCUUGACUGACUCUUCGACGGCCUAUAUCAUCGCUGAUGUGAGCGGUCGCCCCAUUAUUGACGUCAGUACCACCGACUGUUCGAAUCAGUCAUGCACAAACCCUGAGCUCAAAUUUGAGCCCACGAAUAUCGCAUAUGCAGUUUUCACAAGUGGUACCACAGGCAAGCCCAAGGGAGUUUUGGUAACUCAGGAGAACAUCCUCAGCAACCUUGAGGUUCUGAGCAGAAUCUAUCCUGUCCCUCACGGAUCAAGAUUGCUUCAAGCCUGUAAUCAAGCUUUUGAUGUGAGUGUUUUCGAGAUAUUCUUUACCUGGUAUAGCGGCAUGUGCUUGUGCUCAGCCUCAAAGGAUGUCAUGUUCCGUGAUUUCGAGCAAGCGAUUAACGAACUUGAGAUCACACAUCUUUCUUUGACACCGACUGUAGCAGCAUUGACAAACCCAGCUCAUAUCCCAAGGGUGAAGUUCCUUGUCACUGCUGGCGAAGCUGUAACUCACCAUGUGCAUAGCGCAUGGGCUGGCAAAGGACUCUACCAAGGUUAUGGCCCGUCAGAGACCACCAACAUUUGUACAGUGAAUCCAGCAGUAGAGUCAGACCAUGUCAUCAAUAACAUUGGCCCGCCUUUCGAGAACACAUCUGCGUUCGUGUUGACACAAGGGAAUGACUUUCAACUCGUUCCUCUCGGUGGCCUGGGCGAACUUUGCUUCGGUGGACAGCAGGUCUUCCGUGGCUAUCAAAAUAUGCCUGAGCUCACGCAAAGCAAAAUCAUCAACCAUCCAAGUUAUGGUCGCAUCUAUCGCAGCGGAGAUCUCGGUCGCUUGUUGCCCGACGGCACUAUCUUGAUCCAAGGUCGUACUGAUGAUCAAAGAAAGAUUCGCGGCCAGAGGAUUGAACUUGGUGAAAUCUCUGGUUGCCUACUCCAAGUCUCUAGUGUGCAAGACUGCGCAAUCGAGGUCGUCAAAACAGCAGACAAAGAGCGAUUGUUGGCCUUCUGGAUCCCGAGCGGGUACUCCAAGGACUCGUACUCAAUUCUUCAGCCAGACAACAACUUGGAACAGAUCAUGGAAAUGAUAUAUGCGCACCUCGCUGACCAUCUACCUGUUUACAUGGUUCCCGACGCACUGGUGCCGGUUUCGGCCAUUCCUCAGACCUCGCAAGGCAAGAUUGACAAGAGGCGUCUAGCUAGCGAUGGCUCAGCUCUUAGUGUAGAGGAGUUGAACGCAUACUCACGAGGUUCCGACGAUGACGAGACCAGUGAGCUCUCUGCGACAGAAAAACAGUUAGUCUCGGCACUUACAGACACGUUGCAAAUGCCGCAAACCUCAAUCGGCCGUUCGACCUCUUUCUUCGCAUUAGGACUCGAUUCUGUAUCCGCAAUUCGUCUUGCGACAAAAUUGAGAACUGAGUAUGGCUAUAGCAUCGACGUAUCCCAGAUUCUGAAGAGGCCCACUAUCGCUAGACUGGCUGCAAAAUUAGAAGGUGGAAGCUCAAAGCAGACUAACGAACAUAUUCCCGCGGAUUGUGAAGCCGUCGUUGGUUCAGAUGUACAUGAAAGUGUGGUAUCACAGCUCCACGAGUACGGUCAGACUGUGUCAUACGUCCUUCCAUGCACCCCAUUACAGGAGGCGAUGCUCUCUGCUCAGGACACCUCGGGCCAUUCGGCGUACAGAAAUAAAACACUGUUCAGUCUGUAUGGGUCUGCUGACAAGCUGAAAGCUUGUUGGGAAGUCAUGUUGCAGAGGCAUGAUAUUCUGAGAACAAUCUUCCUCCAAACGGACGACUCGAAAUUUCCCUUUGUGCAAGCUGUACUAUCAAGUUGGACCUUGCCAUGGCAGGAAUGCGGUGAUAUCCCUGAUCAGCCUUUGACUCUGCUUGACUCAGUCCAGGCCGGCGGAGAUCCACUUCUCGACCACUCACCACCUUGGAGAAUUCAAAUGUAUAGGUCUGAGUCCAUUGCCUGUCUCUUGCUCGACAUGCAUCACGCUCUCUACGACGCCAAUGCAAUGUCUAAUCUUCUGUACGAAGUCGAGCAGCUGUACAAAGAUCAAUCACUUUCUGCACCAGUGUCGUUCAAGCCUUUCCUCGAUUUUAUGGUCUCGGCGAGUGCUGAAGAAGCUGAUACACUGUUCCGUGAUCAACUUCGAGGAUUUGUACCAAAGCCAUUCAAGAGAACAAACUCCAGUCUGUCGGCAAGCAGUUUUGGUACAAUCACAGGCCGCCUCGAUUACUCGCCUAGGGUAGUGGAAAGCUUCCUGUCAAGGCACUCAAUCACCAUGCUGAGUCUGGCUCAGGCCAUGUGGCUAAAGACCUUGUCUGCUUCUCAAUGCUACUCCGACGUCUGCUGCGGCAACGUGGUCAGUGGGCGUAGUGUGCCUGUCGACGAUAUUGAGGCUCUGGUCGCACCAUGCUUCAAUACCAUCCCUGUCCGUGUCGACUUGUCGAAGCACCGAAGUAAUCUGAGCCUUAUCAAAGCUCUACAAAGAGUCAACAUUGAUAGUCUGCCGUAUCAGCUGACACCGUUGCGUCGUAUUCAGACACAAGCUGGCACAAACGGAAAACGUUUGUUCGACUCUCUGGUCCUUCUGCAGCAGAAUGCAACAGAUCUUGACUCAACAAUAUGGACUCUAGAGGGCGAAUCAGGAGUUAUGGAUUUCCCUUGCAUCAUUGAGCUUGUACCCACCAACGAAUCAUAUACCAUUUCUUUGCAUUUCAAUCGGAGUUAUCUUGACGAUGAAGUUGUUUCCAACCUUCAUCAAGCGUGUUUAUCUGCAUUUUCGUCUUGCAUAAGAUACCCAUCUAGCGACGUUUCUGAUUUUAUUGAUUUUGAUAAAGACCUGGUGGCCGGCAUCCUGAAACCGGACACAAAUCACAUGCAACCUGUCGAGACCGCAAAAACAAAGCGAUCUGAAAAUCUUGGAUCUUCUAGUGACGAGUCCUGGUCGCCCCUAGAAUUGCAGAUCCGUACGGCCUACUCUGCAGUGUCUUCUGCACCUGAAGACCGAAUUAGACGAGACACAACAAUCUAUAAGCUUGGACUGGACAGCAUCAGCGCGAUUCAGCUUGCUAACCGACUUCGAAAGGACGGGCUCUUGGUGCAAGCCAGCGAUGUAAUGGAAAGCCCAUCGUGCUCCGAAUUGGCAUCAGCUGUCCAGAGUCGAUCGCAUACUCCUGUCCUGGACACACCCGAAUUUGACUUCGAAGAGUUCGACAAGCACUAUCGUCGUGCUGCUCUACAAAGUCACCAGAUUGCAACUGAGAAGGUAGCUUCGGUGCGACCAUGUACUUCGCUACAGUCAGGCAUGCUAAGUGAAUAUACGCACUCUGAUGGUCAGCAAUAUUUCAACCACACCUUCUACGCCGUCGAGGCGGACAUCGACUCUGGCAAGCUCCAAUCCGCGUGGUCAAAAGUCCUCGAGCAACACGAACUUUUGCGGACCGGAUUCAUCGGCACUGAUGAUCAUGAGCAUCCUUUCGUGAUGUUGACUUACACAGAGUUCGACGUGAAUGAUCUCGAGAUCCAGGCUUCAUCACAAGAGGGAUUGGUCUAUGAGUAUCGCGAACGAAAAGCUUCAGAGUCUGUCAAGGACAAGCUUCACCUACCGCCAUGGAGAUGGAGCUUGGUCGAAGACGAUGGCACACGAUGCCUGCAGUUCUCUGCACACCAUGCCAUAUUCGAUGCAGAGAGUUUGCGCUUGAUUAUGGCCGAUCUCCAGUCUGCUCUUUCCAAAGGCUAUGUCUCCGCAAGACUAACAAUCGACGGUGCUUUGAGUCACAUUCUGUCGAACAGCCAAGCUGAUGUACAAUCACAACGCACUUUCUGGUCACAGAAACUCGGCGGUGCCCCAGUCACCCGUUUCCCCAACAUGACUCCAGUCAGAAUCUCCGACACAAGGGCUGUCAACGUCGAGCUAGUCCUUGAGCUUCCGCAGAGCAAGCUAGAGGCCCGCUGUCAAGAGCUCGGUGUUUCGAUGCAGUCAGUCGGUCAAGGAGCCUGGGCUCGACUUUUGAGCGCCUAUACUGGAGAGUCACAAGUAACCUUCGGAGUGGUUUUCUCUGGUCGCACGAGUCCUGCAACGGCAGAUGCUGCUUUCCCAUGUAUCACAACCCUUCCUGUUUCGACCAAUACUGCGGCAGAGGAUUCUCAACUCCUCAUGGAUUUGAUCUCUUAUAAUGCCAGCAUUCAGAAGCAUCAGUUCACACCCUUGACAAACAUACAGAAGUACGCCGAGUUGCCAAGCGAGGCUUUGUUUGACUCCCUCUUUGUAUACCAGAGGCCCUUGAACGACGAUUUCGACAGCUCUUCGUGGAAAAUCAUACGCGAAACAGCCUCGGUAGAACUUGCUGUGUCUGUCGAGAUGGAAGCACUCAGUCAGGACCGUCUUGGACUCCGAUUGACGAUCAAUCCUGCUCAGGUGCCUUGUGAGCAAGGAAGGAUCAUGUUACAGCAGAUGGAAGCUAUGAUUGCUGGUCUUCUGAAAUUCGAAGACGCAAUCAAUCCGUCGGUCUUGUCUAUCAUCCCUCCGAAGGAUCCCAUCAUUCCGACAGACUUCCAAUAUUUGCAUCAAAUGACUGAAGCAUCUGUCGAGCGCUACUCAGAUCGAGUCGCAAUGGAGUUCGUAGACGCUCUGGAGGACGGACAAAUUUUUAGUCGACACUGGUCCUAUCGUCAGCUGGACGAAGAAGCGAACAAGAUCGCGCACCUCCUAGUCGACCGAGGCGCAAAGCCUGGGGACAUUGUUGCAACUUCGUUCGACAAGUGUCCGGAAGCGUCAUUUGCAUUCUACGGUAUCCUCAAGGCUGGCUGUGCUUUCUGCGCUAUAGAUCCCACAGCUCCAGCGGCCCGCAAAGCUUUCAUCUUGGAGGACUCAAGCGCUCGAGUCCUACUGACAUCUGAGUCGAUUCGUGCGGAGCUGCAAGAGUUGACUCAUUGCGAUGUCGUCGACCUGAUCAAUUUAGAGAACAAGGCUAAGUUGUCAACUUCAUCGGUCACGGUAUCUGGCCUAUCCCCGUCUUGCGUCAGCUACGUCUUGUACACCUCAGGAACCACAGGAACACCAAAGGGUUGUGAGAUCACUCAUGACAAUGCAGUGCAAUUGGUCAUGUCCUUCAAACGCCUAUUCAAGGGAAGGUGGACAGAUAGUUCUCGCUGGCUCCAGUUCGCCUCGUACCACUUCGAUGUUUCGGUCCUGGAACAAUUCUGGACUUGGAUCGUCGGCAUACGUCUUGUAUGUGCUCCUCGUGAUCUGAUUCUGGAAGACAUUGCAGGCUUCCUAGAUACUAUGCAGAUUACUCACCUUGAUCUCACACCCUCUCUUGGCAGACUUCUUGAUCCUGCUUUGGUGCCCAGUUUGCACAAGGGUGUCUUCAUCACCGGUGGAGAAUCACUCAAGCAGGAUCAGAUCAACACAUGGGGCGACGUUGGCUGUUUAUUCAACUUCUAUGGACCCACCGAAUGCACAAUCGGCGUGACUGUCUUCCCUUGUGUCCCCAAGGAAGGAAAACCUUCCAACAUCGGCUGGCAGUUUGACAAUGUUGGCUGCUAUGUACUGGCGCCUGGUACUCAAACACCAGUACUACACGGUGCCAUCGGUGAACUUUGCAUAUCCGGAAAGCUUGUAGGCAAGGGUUAUCUAAAUCGCCCCGAACUCACUGCGGAUUGCUUCCCAUACCUGGACGCCUUUGGUGAGCGAGUCUACCGCACGGGCGAUCUCGUUCGUCUUUUCCACGACGGAUCAAUCGACUUCUUAGGACGCAAAGAUAACCAAGUCAAACUCAGAGGACAAAGACUUGAGAUUGAUGAGAUCGAAGCAGUGAUCAAGCGCUGUCAAGACAUCCAAGACACCGUAUGCGUUGUUGCCAAACAUCCCAAGCAGCAGAAAGAUCAACUCAUUGCCUUCAUUGGUAUCAAUGAAUCUAGAAAACAAGGCAAACCGGAGUUGUGUCCCGCCGACUCGACCAAACACCUCAUCCAGACAGCACGUUCGGCAUGCGAAGAACACUUGCCUGGGUACAUGGUGCCUACGCACUUCUUACCGAUUCAACGUAUUCCCUUGUCUGUGAACAACAAAGUGGAGGAAAAACUUCUCCGUCAGCUUUAUGCUGACUUGCCUACGAAUACCAUCCAGAGUUAUGCUACGCAGACAGACGAUCAUCAGUCUCUCAGCGAUGGAGAGCGAACAAUUGCGCGGAUCCUCGCUGAGCUGCUCAAGAUCGAUGAGAACGACCUCACUCCUUCGUCCAACAUCUUCAGUCUGGGUCUCAAUUCCAUCUCAGCCAUUCAAUUCUCUAAAACGCUGAAGGCUAGUGGCUUCUCUAACGCACAGGUAGCGACUGUUCUCAAGAAUUCGACUAUCAGAAAGUUGACAAAAGCACUUGCUGCUUCAACAGAUCGAUCAGACAGUGAGAUUGCUGAUACCAAGCAAGUCAUACUAGCUUGUCGUCAAAGGCAUAUGGGCACAGUUACUCGUGUCCUGCGUUGUAAAGUGGACGAUAUUGAAGCUGUGGCACCAUGCACACCCUUGCAGCAGGGUAUCAUUUCCAGAUCUCUCGCAAGCGAGUCUUCGCUUUACUUCAACAGCUUCAAGUACAAUGCUCAAGGAGUGGACCUGCAAAAACUGGAGAAGGCGUUCAACCAGGCCCUGGAAUGUACACAGAUCCUACGUACCUUUUUCAUCGAGACUGAUGAUGGGUAUGUACAGGCUGUGAGGAAGACAGGCCAUCUUCCAUGGUGGACACUCGAAGUCUAUGAUCUUGCGUCUGUCGACAGCGUAUUUGCUAAACGCAAGCAGAAAUGGCGCUCCUACAAUACUUCUCACUUGACUGUACCUUUUGAGAUCGUGAUCGUUCGCUCUGGCUCGGAGACUUUUGUAUCUGUCGACUUGCAUCACGCGCUCUAUGAUGGCAACUCCUUUGACCUAUUGAUGGACAAUGUCUGCAAGCUCUACAAGUCACAAGACGCCGACUUUGGAAAGCCGUUCGUUGACUGCUUACCUUUUGGACCUUUACGCAAUGUGCAAGGUGCAAAGCAAUUCUGGCUAGAUCAUCUCCAGGAUGUUGAACCUGCAUCAAUGCCAUCACUUGUUGGCGAUCCAGCAAGCCAGGAUGUUCUUUGUACAGCCAGCCUAGCCAUUCUGACACAAGCAGAUGAGCUCCGUCGCUCUCUGGGGGUGACUAUCCAGGGUUUGGUUCAAGCGACUUGGAUAGCCACUCUACGGAAGCAUUAUACAGGUGCUGUUGGUACGGUUGUUUCUGGUCGCUCCUUUGAUUUUGAAGGUAUUGAGAAUGUGAUCGGACCAUUGUUCAACACCAUACCCUUCUAUCUGAGGUGCGAGCCCGGAGACACAUGGCAAACGCUUGUCCAGAGAUGCCACGAUUUCAACACAACAGCUCUGCCAUAUCAACAUACGUCCCUCCGCGAUAUCGUGAAGUGGUGUAAUAAAGGACACUCCCAGCCGCCUUUCGAUACAUUGUUUGUCUACCAAGGUACACUUGACACCUCUGACACAGAUCGAUCGAUCCUCAAGCCUCUGGAGGAUGACUCUUUCGAAGCUGAUUAUCCACUUUCAUUUGAGGCCGAGGAAGCAGCUGAGGGUCACUUGAAGGUUACUGUUGCUGCCAAAGCUUCAAUCUGCGACGAGGUUAGGGCUCGAGAUUUAAUUGAUGAGUUCCAACAAGCCUUCUUGGCAAUGAUCAAAUCUCCCGAGAGCGAUGUCGGUUCCAGUAUUGGCCAUACUUUCGAAAAGCUUGCCAGGACCGAAGAUGGUAACAAGAGCGAAUCUCAAGCUAGGGACACAUCUGACUUCCAUUGGGGUCCCGAGGCUUCCGUCAUUCGCUCAGAGAUCGCAGCCCUCGCUGGUGUGCAAGAAGCCGACAUUGAUGAGAUCACUUCCAUCUUUGAAGUUGGACUGGACAGUGUAGAUGCUGUGAAGCUCUCGUCACGUCUCAAGAAGAAAAAUGUGGCUCUGCCUGUCAGCACUAUCAUGAAGUCACAGACGAUCGCUCAGAUGACUCCAACAUUGACGACUGACAAGACGAACAAAUCGAAGGCCGAGCCAGAGGGCGCUUUCCAAGCGCUCGAAAACAAGCUUACUUCCUAUGCACGAGGCCAGAUCAAGGACGACAAUUCUCUCCAACGUGUCCUCCCGGCCAGUCCAAUGCAGGAAGCUCUGGUCUCGGAAAUGAUUCGAACUUCAUACAAAGCAUACUUCAACCACGACAUCCUGAAGCUCUCCAAGGAUGUUGAUCACGAGAGGCUCGAGCAAGCAUGGCGAAAAGUGAUCGAAGCCUCUCCUAUCCUCCGAACAGGUUUCCUUGAGGUUGAUGAUCCGGACUUGGAUGCUACCUUUGCUCAGAUCAUCCAAGGAGCUGGCUCCGAAGAAUUCGACCACAUCAAGCUGUCCAGUGAAGAUGCUAUCAACGAGUAUUUGGCGCGCAUCAGCUCCGAUGUGUCAUCAGCUGCUUUGAUCCAACCGCAGAUGCGUUUGACUUGGGCAUCCACUCCCAAAGACAAUUACCUUGUACUUUCAGUCGCUCAUGCUCUCUAUGACGGCCACAGUCUUUCGCUCCUUCAUCAGGAUGUUCAGAAUGCCUACAACGAGACAUUCCAGUCUCGCCCAUUCUAUGCUGAUAUCUUGAGAGACACUUUCCAUGGUAGCAGCGAGGAGUCUGUCAUGUUCUGGCGCAGUUUCUUGACUGACGCCAAGAAGACUCAGCUUCCACAGAUCGAAGACAGCGACAACUCAGGAACGACUACGCAUCGCACAGAGAAAACAAGCCGUCUUGCAGCCAACGAUCUCAUAUCGUUCUGCAAGCAGCAAGGAGUGACUCUGCAAGCUGUCUGCCAAACAGCAUGGGCCUUUGUCCUCGCUCACACCGUACAGUCACUAGAUGUCAUGUUCGGAGUUGUUUUGGCUGGUCGUGAUAGCGAACUUGCCGAGGAAGUCAUGUUCCCCAUGAUGAACACUGUCAUCAUGCGCUCGGUCCUGCAUGGAUCGAGGAACGAUGUGCUGCAAAGCAUACAAGCAACCAUUUCUGACAUUUCCAACCAUCAACACUUCCCGUUACGUCAAAUCCAAGCUGCGUGCCAAGGACAAGUUCAAUCAUCGGCCACAGGCCAGAACGAUGUGUUCUUCGACUCACUUUUCACUUUCCAAAGGCGACCAGAUACUACCGAGAGCGAGACUCAGAUGCUCUAUGAGUCUGUCAAUGGCUCCUCUGAGGUCGAGUAUCCUGUAGCUGUUGAAGCCGAGGUUGUCGAUGGUUCUUUGAUCUGGCGAAUUGCUGGCAAGAGCAGCGCUUUUGAUGAAGCGGGUGUGAGCAAUCUUCUUGACAUCCUCGACGAUGUGUUGCAAGCAAUCGUCGACCAGCCGCAUGAGCCGACAUUGUCGUUCAGCAAUCAAGAAGUCAGUAUCUGUGGUCUACCUGCUUUCGAGCGACAGAUGAAGAGCGACGCAAACCAGAAGACAGCUGAGGCCGAUGGCGAGAUAGUCGAGGACGAAGAUGAUUGGUCAGACACAGAAUCUGCUGUUCGCGAAGCAAUUGCAAAGGUCACCAAGACGCCAGAGAAGGAGAUCUCGAAAACUGCGUCUAUCCAGAACUUGGGUGUCGACUCGAUCAAUGCUAUCAAGAUUUCAGCCUUGCUGCGUCAGAAGGCCAUAAGGAUCACCGUCAGCGAGAUCGUACGCGCUGGUUCUGUGUCAAAGAUCGCAUCAGUGGCACGAAACAAGCAGAUGGACAAGAAGCCACAGGUCAAGGUUGACACUGCUGCCAAAAUCGUAUCCAAUCUGAUGACACAGAAAGGCUUCACUCCUGGCAAAUUUGGCUACGAGGACCAACAGAUCGAGCAAAUCUUGCCUGCGACUGCAGGACAGGUAUACAUGUUGGGUGCAUGGCAAGCCACUGUAGGGCAACUCUUCUUCGGAGAAUUCGAAUAUGUUACCACUGUGCCAGCCGCUAUUGACAACAUCAAGCGCGCAUGGCAGAAGCUCGUGGCCAACAAUCCAGUGUUGCGCACAGUCUUUGUUGCAACUCAAGACAACGAGGUGCCUAUCUUGCAACUCGUGUUGCGCAAUGCCCCAGCUUCAUUCGUGGACCUGGACAAUGAAGAGAAGCCGCAGUCGACGAUGGAACAGCCCUUCGUCCGUCUGACAGCGCAAAAAGCAGAUGAUAGCUACAAACUCUGUCUCAAGAUCCAUCACGCACUGUAUGAUGCCAUAAGCUUGUCGUUGCUCAGUCAAAAGUUGGGUAACUACCUGCAAAACUCUGCCACGACGCAACAAUCUCUAGUCAAAUUCGUCGAUUUCAUUGCUCAGCCUCUGGGCACAGUCAGGAGAAAUGCAAGAACCUUCUGGACCGAAUAUCUUCAAGGUGUGCAAUACCCACAGCUGGAGUCCGACACGUCGUCACCAGCGCGCCACAUCGAGGUCUACGACCCUCGUGCCAUGUCCGAUAUGCCCAGCUUCGAGAACAGCCUAAGAAAACAGGGACUAAGUAUUCAAUCCGUCUUCUUCGCAGCUUACGCCAGAGCUUACAGCUACAACACUGAUCCCACGGCCGAGGACGUAAUCAUAGGUAUCUACCUAGCCAACCGCUCGCACCUCGAAGAUCUAUCCAGCUUGGCAGCACCAACAUUGAAUCUCGUCCCUCUUCGCGUGCGCUCUCCCACAAGAACGUCUCUUGCUGAGCUUGCGAAACAAAUUCAGAAGGAUUUGCAGGCCAUCAGCACACCUGAGAAUAGCAGUGUUGGGCUCUGGGAGAUCGAGGCAUGGACUGGAGUCACAGUAGACACCUUUGUCAAUUUCGUCAAGGUGCCAGAUAAUGAUGACGAUACUGCCGCAGAGCAAGCAGUUGUGAUGGAUGAGGUAGCUGAGAAGCAUCGCACUGAAAAGAGAAGUCAUGUGUCCGAUAUUACUGGAGAUGAUUUCGUUGUGCCGCAAGAGUUGCAGCACGGAGUUUUGAAGAAGACAUACAAGGUAAGUCAUUGCUUCAACCCAAGAUCGUUGGUAAUACUUACUGACUUCUCACAGCGAUCCCUGGAUAUCGAAGCCACAGUUGCCGAUGGGGCACUUGGAAUCGGUGUGUUUGGAUGGGAAGAUAUGAUGGAUGUAGAACAAGCCGAGGGCUUGAUUGAAGAGCUCAAAAUCGAGAUUCAAGAAGUGCUUGAAUCGUAA